CUCGCUCCUGGCUGUGUACUUAUGACUCCGAGACCGGGAGCAUUCUGGAUGUGUGCAGUCUGUUGUCUUUCAUUUAUACUUCACCAUUAUUCUUACGCUAGUUUGGACUUCAGAUACCAUCACACGUCUUUGCUAGAGAAGUUUCUUCACGACGUGCAUAUAAAUUUCUCAAGAAUUACUCAUCUUUACAGCAUUGGAAAAACUGCGCAAGGACGGGAACUGUUGGUUAUUGCAAUCGGAGGACACCCGAACGAACAUCGAGUUGGCAUUCCUGAAUUUAAAUACAUCGGAAAUAUCCAUGGAAACGAGCCUGUUGGCAGGGAGAUUCUGCUCCAUUUGAUUGAUUACCUGGUUACAAGUUAUGGACACGACCCAAACAUCACCGACCUGAUCAACAGUAUGAGAAUCCACAUUCUUCCCUCAAUGAACCCAGAUGGGUUUGAAAUUUCGCAUGUUGGCAAGUGCUCAGGCACACAUGGACGAUACAACAGCAAUAACAUGGACUUAAACAGAAAUUUUCCUGACAUUUUUGGAAAAAGUGCUUCACCCCUUGAGCCAGAAACAGAGGCAGUGACACGAUGGAUACACAGUGAGCCAUUUGUGUUGUCAGCCAGUUUACAUGGAGGGGCUAUAGUGACAGCUUACCCCUAUGAUAAUAACAAUCAAGGUAACAAUAGCUACACUCGAAGUCCUGAUGAUGAUGUGUUUAAGUACUUGGCCAAAGUAUAUUCCUUCAACCACUAUACGAUGUAUAAAGGAAAUCUAUGUAAGAUGCAUUUCAUGGACGGAGUAACAAAUGGAGCCAAGUGGUACAGCAUCGCAGGUGGAAUGCAAGACUACAAUUAUGUGUGGGGCCAGUGCUUUGAGGUGACAAUUGAAGUAUCAUGUUGCAAGUAUCCACCAGCUUCACAACUGCCUCGCUUCUGGGAACAGAACAAAGUCGCACUCAUCGUCUUUGUCAGGCAAGCCCAUCUAGGAGUAAAGGGCAGAGUUUUUGAUGAAGCCGGAAAUCCUGUUUCCAAAGCAAUUGUAAAUGUAUUUGGCAGGAAGAAUCUCAUCCCUUUCCAAACUAAUAACCUUGGAGAAUAUUAUAGACUUCUGAUACCUGGGGAGUACACACUUAUGGUUGAAGCCAAUGGAUUUAACUCUAUGAACAAGACAGUGGAUAUAUUUGACACCAUAAGCAGUUAUUCAGCACUAGUUUGUGACUUUGUCCUUACAAAACUGAGAAUGUGACAAUGGACAACCCUGAUCCCCAGCUUAGAAUAUUGACUUAAAUUAGUGCUGAACAAUAUUACAAGUUCUAAUGCUUCACAAAGUCUGGAGUCAGAUCUGGGUCUCUAAAACAAGAAAGCAGUAAAGGGGGAAUAAAAAGUAGCCAAAAUCUGCUAAGUCUGGUAAAUGUCACUUAGAAUAAAGUGAUUAUUUUCCCCCCGGAUUAAACAAUUUUGUGGAGAAUUCUAUAACACAGGUGUAUGUAUAAAUGUUUCAGGCAAUGCCUCCCCUUGUUGAUCGAAAACAGAAUACCAAUUUCAAUAAAAAUGUUUUAAAUUUUCUUGUGAGAUAUUUGUUUUACUGUAAUCACAUUUUAAAAGUUAAUAGCUUGAAUUUAAUUUUGCUGAAUAUCUGGACCUUUGGAUUUCUUUGUACGAGGGGUGAUUAAUAGGUUUGUGGCCUAAGGUAGAAGGAGUCAAUUUUAGAAAAGCUAGCACAUUUAUUUUUCAACAUAGUCGCCUCCUACACUUACACACUUAGUCCA